AAAAGCGCUAUUGAGCAAAAGCACUUUCUACACAAGCAUCGCCGUCACGAGAGAUAUGAUAGAAAAGGCGGUAAGUGCUAAUUCAAACUGCCCUAAACCCUAAACCCUGUCUGCGGCACGGUGCCGCAUGGCUAAUGACUCAAACUCUGGCCGUACGCCUGGGGCAAAGACUCAACCUUUGGCCUUGGGAAAGCGCAAAGCUCAUUUCUCUACUGGAAUGCUGCAAACAAGUCUCAGAAAUCUCUCAAAUCCAUGGCUCUAUGGUCAAGACCGGUCUUGACCACAACCCUUUCGCCAUGAGCAAGCUCCUCGCCUCUUCCGUUCACCACAUCCAAUAUGCAGCCUCCAUUUUCGGCCACAUUCGAAACCCGAAUCGCUUCAUGUUCAAUACAUUGCUCAGAGCCUAUUCCAUUAGCGACGAACCAAAACAAGCUUUUCUUGUUUUCAAUAACUUGAGGGCUCGUAAUAUUGUUCUAGACCAGUUCUCUUUCACCACCGCGCUCAAAGCAUGUGCUCGUGAAUUGGCCAGUGGGACUGGCCAGGGGAUUCAUGGGGUUGUUGUGAGGUCUGGGCAUGGCGGGUUUAUCACUGUAAAGAAUACCCUUCUGCACUUUUACUGUGUUUGUGGGAAGAUUGAGGAUGCCCACCACUUGUUCGAUGAAUUUCCUCAGAGAAAUGAUUUGAUUUCAUGGAAUACUUUGAUGGGCGGUUACCUUCAUAUUUCGCAGCCUCGUGUGAUUGUGGACUUGUUUAAGGAAAUGUGCAUUGGUGGUUUUGAAGCUAGUGUAACCACUGUUCUGUAUCUUUUAUCGGCCAUUGGUGAGUUGGGAAGUUACCUUGGAGGAGAGAGUGUUCAUGGCUACUGCAUUAAGAUGGGAUUUUCCUAUAAUUUACAUGUGGUUACUGCUUUGAUUGAUGUGUAUGCAAAGAAUGGGGAAAUUGACUUGGCGCGUCGGAUUUUCGAUGGAGUUGCUGUGAAGGAUGUUGUUUUGUGGAAUUGUUUGGUAGACAAGUAUGCAAAAUGUGGCAUGGUAGAAGAAGCAGUAGCUUUGUUACGGCUGAUGAAACUUGAAAGAACGAAACCCAAUUCGUCCACAUUGGCAGGACUGCUUUCAGCUUGUGCUGCUUCUGGGUCUGUGAGUGUAGGGAGGUUCAUUAAGGAUUAUGUGGAGGAGGAGAGAUUGGUUUUGGAUGCGGUUCUUGGAACAGCUCUGGUUGAUAUGUACGCUAAAUGUGGGUUUCUAGACAAGGCUCUUGACAUUUUCGAAAGCAUGGAAAACAGGGAUGUGAAAUCAUGGACAGCCAUGAUUUCAGGUUACGGUGUUCAUGGGGAGGCAGGUAAUGCCUUGAGGCUUUUCUACAGAAUGGAAGCGGAGGGCUGCCAACCUAAUGAAGUCACUUUCUUGGCAGUUUUAAGUGCUUGUGGCCAUGCAGGGCUAGUCAGAGAGGGAGUUAGUUGCUUUGAGAUGAUGGUUUGCAAGUAUGGUUUUGUUCCAAAGGUUGAACACUACGGUUGUAUGAUCGAUCUUUUAGGUCGUGCAGGGUUGUUGGAGGAAGCACACAACCUAAUCGAAAGCUUGCCCAUCAAGAGUGAUGUUACUGCAUGGCGUGCAUUGCUUUCGGCCUGCAGGGUCUAUGGGUAUGUUGCUCUUGGGGAAGUUGUACAGAGAGUGCUGGCUGAACUAAACGAUGACCAUCCCACCAAUGCAAUGCUACUAUCAGGGACUUAUGCCAUUGCUGGAAGGUUGCACGAUAAUACAAAUAUGCAGAAAACGGUGGAGGGAGAGAUGGUGAGGGAAGAAAACCCAGUAAAGGAAGCUGGGCUCAGCACAAUUGAGUUGGAUAGUUGACCCUGUGCAUUUUCUAUACCGGGUUCCAGAACUGUGUUCAUUUGUUUGGUAUAGCCAAAUUCAGACUAGAGAUUAUAGAUUGGCAUUAUCGCAGAAGUGAUCAAGCCUCAUACUACUACCAUAUUGUUUUAGUUCAUUUUCAAUGUAUAUGCAAAUACCAAAAGACUGAAAACCGUCGGAGUUAAAUGAUGACCAUCGUACAGCAAAUCGUAGGAGAGGUUUUUAUUAUAAUUUAUUUAUUUUAUGAUAGGAUGUUUGUCAACAUCUCAGUCUUUAAGUCACUUUAUUUUGUUAGCCUCC